AUGGGUGUAAGAAAUCAUUCCACAGUGACUGAGUUUCUUAUUUUAGGAUUAACUGAACAGUCAGAAGUUCGGCUGCCACUUUUCUUCCUCUUCUUAGGAAUUUAUAUAAUUACAGUGGUGGGAAAUAUUGGCAUGAUCUUAUUAAUUGGGUUGAGUCCUCAACUUCACAUUCCCAUGUACUAUUUCCUCAGUAGUUUGUCUUUUUUAGAUUUCUGCUAUUCUUCUGACAUAACUCCCAUAAUGCUGGUAGGGUUUUUAAGCAAAGGUAAAGCAAUCUCCUAUUCUGGAUGCAUGGCUCAGUUUUUUUUCAUCUGUAUGUGUGCCGUUUGUGAGUGCUACAUGUUGGCAGCCAUGGCCUAUGAUCGCUAUGUCGCCAUCUGCAGCCCCCUGCUCUACAAUGUCAUCAUGUCCCCUCGGGUCUGUUCUCUGCUGGUGGCUGCUGUCUUUUCAGUAGGUUUUACCCUUUCUAUUAUUUAUGAAGUUUUUUUGGUAAAGAUGGAAUUCUGUGGAUCAAAUAUAAUUAAACAUUAUUGUUGUGACAUCAUCCCUCUUAUGAAACUCUCCUGUUCCAGCACAUAUAUUGAAGAACUUUUGAUUUUUGUCAUUGGGGGAUUUAACAUGGUAACCACCAGCCUGACAAUCAUCAUUUCCUACGCUUUCAUCCUCUCCAGCAUCCUCCGCAUCCAGUCUAAAGAGGGCAGGUCCAAAGCUUUCAGUACCUGUGGCUCCCACUUAACAGCUGUUCUUAUUUUCUAUGGGUCGCUCAUGUCCAUGUAUCUCAAACCUGCUUCCAGCAGUUCAGCCAUCCAGGAGAAAGUGACGUCGGUAUUUUACACCAUUGUGAUUCCCAUGUUGAAUCCCCUGGUUUAUAGUCUGAGGAAUAAGGAAGUGAAAAAUGCACUGAUGAAGCUCUUAAAAAGGAAAAUAUUUUCAAACUGA